AUGGGGUUGUCGAUUGUAUUGAGACAAUUAUGGAGUAUUCGUGUUCUUUUUAUUAUGGUUUUAACACCAUUACUCCUUCUAGCAUUACCUUUAUAUAUAGGCACAGUGGAGGCUAAGGCAGCGUUUGUUCUGAUAUUGAUGGCGGUUCUAUGGAUAACGGAAGCAGUACCAAUAGCAGUAACAGCGAUGCUUCCGAUAUUUCUAUUUCCAAUGUUAGGCGUGGUUAAAGCUAAGGACAUAGCUCCAGCAUAUAUGUCUGACACAUUGAUGGUAUUUAUUGGUGGUUUGAUAAUGGCAACUGCAAUUGAAACUUGGGACAUCCAUAAAUUAUUGGCACUAAGGAUACUAUUAUCUGUAGGUUCCAAACCUCGCUGGUUAAUGUUAGGAUUGAUGUUACCCACGUGGUUUUUAUCAAUGUGGAUCAGUAAUACAGCUACUACUGCUAUGAUGAUACCUAUUGCACAAGCUAUAUUAGCACAACUGAAAGCUACCAAUAUAUUACUCAAGGAAGAAACCGCAGAUAGUGUCAUUGCAUCACUGCCCCACCCCUUCCGUCUACCCACCCAUCCCUGGGUAUACUGUGACGAUUUAUCUUUUAAAUAUAGAGAAGCUGCAGAUGGUGAUGAUAUCAAGUACAAAAAGUUAUGUAAAGCAAUUUCAUUGUGUAUCUGUUAUGCUGCCAACUGUGGAGGAAUUGGUGCUUUAACAGGAACCGGACCAAAUUUAGUGGUGAAGGGAUUUGCAGAUGAAUUGUAUGCGGCACAUGGGUUGAAGAAUCCCGUUACGUAUGCAACAUGGAUGGGAUAUGGUUUACCGUUAUCUUUUCUGGUUCUUAUGGUUACAUGGAACUGGUUACAAUUUUUCUUUUUAGGAUUUUCUGCACUCCUCUUUUAUUUCAGCGCUACGUUUAGUUGUAAAGAUAAGAAACAAUCAGGAGAAAACAAAGUGCAGGAGAUGAUUCGAAAACAAUAUGAUGCAUUAGGUCCAGUGACGUAUGCUCAAAAGAAUGUGCUAGUAUUGUUUUCAAUAUUAGUGGUAUGCUGGAUAACUCGAGAUUUAGGUGGUGUUGGUGGCUGGGGUGAUUUAUUUCAACCUCUAUAUGUAAGAGAUUCUACACCAGCCAUACUUGUUGCCGUUCUGUUGUUUUUCCUACCAUCUGAACUUCCACCGAUCUUCUGUAAUCGAGAUAAAAAGAACGAUAGAGAUAUGUUUAGAACACCACGGCCUCUAUUAACGUGGCAGAAUGUACACGAGAAGCUUCCUUGGGGUUUAUUCAUAUUGUUAGGUGGUGGAUUCGCUCUAGCUAAAGGUUGUCAUGUAUCAGGACUGUCCAGAUGGAUUGGUUUACAGUUAGAAGUAUUUAUUGGAUUAAAUAAAUGGUUGAUGUUAUUAGUAUUAUGUUAUAUUUGUGAAAUGUUAACUGAAUUUAUAAGUAAUGUAGCCCUGGCAACUUUAAUUAUACCUAUCCUGGCCGAACUGGCAAUGAGCACGGGAGUCAAUCCACUAUUUUAUAUUCUGCCAGCAGCAGUUUCAGCGUCUUUUGCUUAUAUGUUACCAGUAGCAACGGCACCAAAUGCUUUAUGCUUUUCUUAUGGUCACAUUAGAGUUUUAGAUAUGGUGACAGCUGGAUUUUUUAUGAAUCUGAUUGCUAUUCCAAUGCUAGUGUUUGCUACCUUCACUUGGGGUGACGCCAUUUUUCAUUUUCAGAAUGUUCCUUUCACGUUCGACAGUGUUAACAAAACUCUUCUGUUAAACUCUACGAUGUAA